CUGUGAAACAUUUGAGUCAUUGUUGUUAUGAAUGUAUAGUUUGUGUGAAGACUUUGAAUAAAUCAAUCGAUUAUUAUAUUAAUUGUAUAAUCAUUUCACACGUGAGGCACACGUACUGCACGUGGAUAUAGUGAUUAACGUUUAGUCAAUGGACCACAAGUUGACGAUUGAGCCGUCGCGACGGCCACACAGGCGCCGCCAUCGGGACGUCGAUCGAAAUCACACGAAUGAUGACAUCCGACGGUCGGCCAACACAUCGCAAUCACCGCCACAACAGUCACGGGUUGUCAUUUUGGCCAAAAACCCAAACAACAAGUCGGCGAUCACACCGUCAAUAACAUCCCAACUGAACUCAACGUCACAAUCGUCGGUCACAACAACACCGAUACAAAGCAUUCAAAUUUUUCCUUCUUUACAUUCAUCACAACAACAACAGACAGUGACCAUCGCCAGCACAUCGGCCAACACAAGCACUAAUAAUACACCGGUUAAUCAAUCGUCGCUAAAAUCUGUUACCGUUUUUAACAGUCACUCGUCGACAGACGAUACUAUCAAUAAGUCUUUGUUAACAAUAUCUCCUCAAGUGAUACCACUAAUAGACAGCGAGAAUCUUAUGUUUGUCGACAGUUUGGCCGCCGACUGGCUUUAUAGCGACACACAGUCGGCGUCAGGUUUUUCAGUUAUAUCGGCUGUUGGUUUGGAUGGCGUCGGCAAGUCGUCGACAUUGAAUUUGAUUGCCGGUAAAGAUGUCUUCAGAGUUCAUAAUUUCAAAUACAGCGAAAAACCUCUCAGACAUCGUACUAAAGGUGUGAAACUUCAUAUCACUAAAGAAAGACUUCUACUUCUUGAUUCACAACCACUUCUUAGUGCAUCAGUUUUAGAUGAAUAUCUUCAGAAAUGUCCGCCACUGUCAUCAACUGGUGUCGACAUUUCAGAACCUGAGAACUACUCUUAUAUGAUAUCAUUACAACUUCUCUCCUUUUUAUUUGCGACGUGUGAUUACAUUAUAAUAGUAAUGAAUUGGUUUUUAGACAUUCAUUUAAUCAAAUUGAUGGCCACCGCUAUAAUGAUGGUCGGAGAUAACGCUCAGAAAUCAGAUAUCAUUAUUUAUUUUACUGAUAAUCAGUCAGAUAUAACUAAAGAUACGAUUCAAAUGAUUAAAUCAUUAUUGGGAAGAAGUGUUUACGUGACAAUUAUUAAUGGCGACGAAAAUCAAUUGUUGAAUACAGUGAUGAAAGCACCGACAAAACCUAAUUCGUCUCAUUCUUCAGAGAAAGCGUGGCUAUUGUCGUCACAACGCUAUUGGGAGACAUCCGUCAGGAAAUCCAGUCUAUUCUCAGAUUACGGUAGAUUUCUGCCAUAAUUUUUUUUAGUUUUCUAUCGGUUCAAUAUAUAACAAACAGACUUAUAUUUAUGGACAACA